CGACUUCAUUAAUUUAACAAAAGUUCUAAGGAAAACUCUCAGCAAUAACGACAACAAAAGAUGGCUAUACCUGUGGAAGAUGGCAGUUUACUGCAUGGUCCCACGUAAGUGAUAUUACUAUUCAAAUAACCAUUUUGCAUUUCAAACUAAUUGGUAGCUCCAAUACAGCACUUCUCACUCCUCACCACCAACUCGAGUCCCCUCAUCAUACAAAUCUCUACCUACAUUUGCACUUUCCAAAGCCAAAAACUACCAGCAGCAAUAUGGUGAUAUGUAUUUCUUACGAUUAACUACUUUAAAGAAACCAGUUGAAGAAAUUGCCAGUGCUGCUUGGGAUGGAUUCCAGAUUUCGGGGGAAGAAGUGCGGAAAGUAGAGAGAGUGUUGGAUGUUAGACAGGGACAGUUAUGUUGGGUGGCUGGUACAAUUUAUAUGAAUAUGCCAUUGAAGCCGAAUAUUUUGGAAGAUAUAAGUAAAGAUGUAUGGAAUCUUUUCUUUUAUUUUGGGUAGUUUGAAAGGGACAGGCAGAAGAGGCUAAAGUGAUGAUUCGUGGUACUAAUUAAUCUCUGGGAAUAAUAGCAUUGGAUAUCAGCACCACCACCUCGAAGGAAAUAUCUUUCCGGUAAUGGCGACGACGAAAUUAUGCUCGAGGACGAAUCUGGACGAUUACGAUUAAUUGGAGGACAAUUGAGUAUGGAGCUACUUGUUACUGGUUGUAUAGUCGCAGUAAUGGGUACAGAAAACGCAAAUGGGGAUUUCGAAGUUGUGGAUAUCAAAGUUCCGGAUUUACCACCGCAGGAACCAAGGUGGAAAAUAUCAGGCGCGAAAGAAGAAGAGGAUAUAGAUAUGGAUACCGACAAAGCAGGACGCAAAAAAAUCGCUCUCAUAUCCGGUCUCUCUUUCUCCGGAACCAGUGCUGAAAAUUCUCUCGAAAAGUCCCUCCUGACCGAAUACCUACUAGGCGAAAGUCUAGAUCCAUCUUCCCAAUCCAACGUCUCAAAAAUAAGUCGUCUAAUAAUUGCCGGUAACAGUAUUGCUUCAGAUCUUGAUAGCAUAGCUCAUGAUACUGUUGGCAAUACACGUAAAGCACAAAAGAAAUAUGGGUACGAUGCCAGCGCCUACAAUCCCGCUCCUACAGCGCAUUUUGAUAAUUUUCUCGCCGAGCUAUUACCAAGUUUACCAAUUACAUUAUUACCUGGAGCUAGUGAUCCGGCGAAUGCAAGUUUACCACAACAACCUAUUCAUCCGGCUAUGUUUCCUCAGGCGAGAGCAUAUUGUGGGAGUGCGCCGAGUGUAAUUGGAGAGGAGAGGGAGGCGGGAUGGUUUGACACAGUGACGAAUCCAUGGGAGGGUGAAAUAGAGGGAUGGAGGGUAUUAGGGACGGGUGGACAAAAUGUAGAUGAUGUUUUUAAAUAUGUGGAAGGUGAAGAUCGGUUAAGUAUGAUGGAAGCAAUGUGUAGAUGGAGAUGUUGCGCACCUACUGCACCAGAUACUCUUUGUAAGUUCUCCGUAUCCCCUCUCUUUUCCCAACAAUCCCCCACUUCCUAGGAAAAAGACUAACAUUACCAAGGGUCCUAUCCAUUCCAAGACGACGACCCCUUCAUAAUCCGCACCUGUCCUCACAUAUUUUUCGCCGGUAAUCAACCAGCCUUCGAUACGGCUAGUAUCGAGGGACCAAACGGCCAAACGGUUAGAUUAAUCUCCAUACCGAGUUUCGAGGAGACAGGGGAAAUUGUACUAUUAGAUACUGAGACGUUGGAAGCGGAGGUGGUGAAGAUUACGGUCGGGUGAGUGAGUGAGUUGGUGUUUAUCUACAUGAUAUUAUAUUGUAAGAGAAAGGACGGGAGGAUGGAAGAUGGAAGCUGUACGAUUCAUGGAUGAUUACCUACCUACCUAUUUACCUACAAAGUAAGAUCUUAAUCUUACCUACCUAUCUAGCUGUGAGAUUAUCUACGAGACUAGUUGCAAUAUGCAAUAUGCAAUAUGCAAUAUGCAAUAUGCAAUAAUGUAUAGAGAACAUUUUACUUAUCUACUAGUUAGUAGCUCCACACAACUUUGAAAUACAAAUAAAGUUCA